AUGGCCUCAGAAACCGACAGGCCCCGUCAGUGGGGAGUGGAUUACUCCGGAGAUUACCCAGCAGCCAUCCGAGGCGAAAGAGUGCCGGUUGUCAUGGGGCGAAUUGAACGCCUCUGCGUGGUACGAGGGAUCCGGCACCAUGAUGGCUUCGCCCAGGAGCUGUACGGUAAUCCCGAGUAUCCGGAGAUCACGCGGGCGCUCAAUGCGCGGGCAAUCAUGAGCAACCGGAUACCAGACAUGAACGGCCCAGAAGACUUUCCAUACUGCUUUUGGCAUCCCGAUAUUCCUUAUGAGCAGACACUCCGGCGCCUUCUUCCGGAUGUAGCUAUCGCCGAGGAAGCCCGCGAUAACGCUACCUCUGGUCGGGCCAUCUUCGAGGCGAUCGUUCGUGAACCAGUCAGAUAUACUUGCAUAGAUGACUACCGGCGUUGUUUACGGGAGCCCCCGGUUCCCGGCGCGUACCUCAACGGAGACACAUGUGUCCGAUCGAUGCUAGAUGAGACGCUAUCUGUGGACGGUUACCCUCAGGAGCCAAUAUUUGAUAUUACUGAGGAUUGGUGUAUAGAUGUGGAAGGCUUGAGGCCUGGUCAACGCCUGGUUGACCCUGAAGAGAUUGGCCUCCUAUACAAUCCGCUUCCACUCGACCUGCCUACGGUUGAUAAGGACCUACUGAUUCUGAUGGCCGCGUGGUCCGGCAACAUCGACCGUUAUACACGCCUUAGACGACCGAAAAUGCACUCAUAUGAACUUCCUUGUGUGAUCCGAGGCAUCUAUCAUCACCCCUUCUUUAGCAAGUGGUGGUCGUUGCAGCCUGAUAGUGGUUCUAUACACAUCCGUCAGGCGAUCAACGCCCGUAGUAUCAUGAACAAUGACUUGUCCUGGCUACACGAAAUUACCCCCGAUAGUCAUUUACCAGUUCUUAUUUGGUAUCCGCAGUGCGCAGGGAAAGACACGUACGCAGAACUCGCACGUCGCUGGCCGUCGAUGAUCCCGCAGAUUGCGCGUGCUUGUAUGCAUGCUGACUAUCAGGAUCUGUUUGAUGAGCUGAAUCCAACACCCGAUGUUGGCCUAUGGAUUGAUGCGGAACACUGCGCGAACCCAUAUUAUCGUGAAAAAACCCAGCAGGCUGCAUCUGAACAGGGAAUUAAUCUGGAUGCACUCUGUGUAGCACCCUCCCGUGAGCCAGAUAUCAGAGAGCCCGACUUUUGGUGUAUGGGCAUGCUACAACAAGAGAUGGAGCCAACUUACGAUGGAUCCUAA